GUUGCUUCGUCACGUCGUCUGUCACACGACGGACAUUUUCGCGCCAACGCGUGUGUACGAAUUUGUGCAAGGAAUUAGGCCAAACAAUGGAUAUCAAAAUUAUACUUCGUGGAAUGCAAGCGCAUGGAUUGUAAAUUUAUUCUAUAGAAAUUAAUUUUGAGUUAAACGGUACAGAUUCUAAACUCGAUUGCCAAGGGGAAUGAAAUUAUUAAUCUAAGAGACAACAACAAUAAAGUUCCGUAAUUACUUAGCCCAUAACGUAAUAUUUCACUCUUGAAAAUACGCGUGUGUCUUUAACUGAUAGGUACUUAUUCACCCAAUACAAAAGUGUACUAUAACUGUGAGUGACGUAUUAAAAGUGUUAAGUUUAUAGCGGUGAGAGUGUUAAUUGAAGUGAUUCCCGGUGUGUCCUGAUGGCCGGAACCGCCCGGCUGCGCUAGAUCGAUCCCGCGACACCGGCGGGGCUCUCGUCGGGUUGGUGGUGAGCGCUCGGCGCGCGGCGUGGGGGGAUGCCGGUGCGCAAGGGGCUGCUCGCGCCCCAGAACACCUUUCUCGAUACCAUCGCGACGCGCUUCGAUGGCACACAUAGCAACUUCGUGCUGGGUAAUGCGCAAGUGCCGUGUUACCCGAUCGUGUACUGCUCGGAUGGCUUCUGCGAGCUGACGGGGUGGGCGCGCGCGCACAUCAUGCAGAAGGGCUGUGCGUGCAAGUUCCUGCAUGGCCCCGACACCUGCGAGGAGCACCGGCACGAGAUCGACGCCGCCUUAGAAUCCAAGCACGAAUUGAAACUGGAACUGAUAUUCUAUAAGAAAAAUGGUUCUCCGUUCUGGUGCUUGCUCGAUAUCGUUCCAAUUAAGAAUGAAAAACGUGAAGUGGUAUUGUUCCUUGCUUCGUUCAAGGACAUUACGAAUACAAAAAUGGCCGCCAUGAACACUAAUGAGGAGUUUGACAGCGGAGCCGCGGUGCGGCCUUCAGCUGGCGUCGUCACUCUAGCGUUAUCCCCAUUUGUACCCGCAGCGGCACUAUUGGGCGCCCGGUUCCGAGCUGAAUCUAGUUGCCUACUUCCAGACCCUAAUGGCAAUCUUGACCCUGAAGCGCCUUCGCCCGCCAACAUGGGCAGGCGCCGCUCAAGGGCUGUUCUCUACCAGCUUUCAGGACAUUACAAACCGGAUAAGAUGAAGACAAAACUGAAACUAAACAAUGUUAGUAAGAAUUUACUUCACUCAUCGAACCCACCUUUGCCGGAGUACAAAACGUCAGCAAUAAAAAAAUCAAAAUUUAUUAUCUCGCAUUAUGGAGUUUUUAAAACUUUCUGGGACUGGCUUAUUCUAAUAGCGACGUUUUACGUUGCUGUGGUUGUGCCGUACAAUGCCAGCUUCGUAGAUGAAGGACAUCCCAGAAUCAGUGUGACCAGUGACGUUGUAGUUGAAGCACUCUUUAUUAUUGAUAUAGUGUUAAACUUCCGGACGACAUUUGUGAGUAAAAAAGGCGAAGUGGUAUCUGAUUCCAAAGCGAUAGCCCUUAAUUACAUCCGAUCCUGGUUCGUAGUGGAUCUCCUGGCAGCGCUCCCAUUUGACCUACUUUACGCUUCCGACGUUUAUAGUGGAACGUUCUCCUUCAAACAGGAAUCGACGCACGGGAACGUACACUUAGUGAAGCUUACGAGGCUGCUCCGCCUGGCGCGCUUGCUGCAAAAGAUGGAUCGAUACUCGCAGUACUCAGCGCUGAUACUGACCCUGUUAAUGCUCUCCUUCACGCUGGUCGCCCACUGGCUCGCCUGCAUCUGGUUCAUUAUUGCUGAAAAGGAAAUAGAACAUCACAGAAACGAGAGCUGGGAUUUAGGAUGGAUAAACAAUUUGGCGGAAAGGCUAAAAGUGCCAAUAAUGAACAUAUCGCACAGCGAGAGUUAUGUCACGGCACUUUACUUCACGUGCUCGUCACUGACCAGCGUCGGCUUCGGUAACGUGUCCGCUAACACAUUGCCGGAGAAAAUAUUCAGUAUUCUCACAAUGCUCAUUGGAGCUCUUAUGCACGCUGUGGUGUUUGGUAAUGUGACGGCUAUAAUUCAAAGAAUGUACUCGAGACGGUCCUUGUAUCAAAGCAAGUGGCGAGAUCUGAAGGACUUCCUCUCACUUAAUCAAGUGCCGAAAGAACUGAAGCAACGAAUGCAGGAUUAUUUUCAGACAAUGUGGUCUUUGAAUCAUGGUAUUGACAUCCACGAGACAUUAAAAGAAUUUCCUGAAGAACUCAGAGGCGACGUGUCGUUACAUUUGCAUCGAGAGAUUCUCUCCCUGCCUAUAUUCGAAUCGGCGUCGCAAGGUUGCCUUAAGCUGCUGUCCCUUCAUAUCAGAAACAACUUCUGUGCGCCUGGCGAGUACCUCGUGCAUAAGGGAGAUGCGCUCACUUACAUCUACUAUAUCUGCAAUGGGUCCAUGGAAGUAAUGCAGAAUGAAAUGGUGGUUGCUAUUUUAGGUAAAGGUGAUUUGGUUGGUUGUGAUAUGAAUACUCACCUGCAUGCUUUUAAUGGGACUGGAGGACCCCAAUCUAACAAUCCUGAUGUAGUUGUUAAAUCAAGCAGUGAUGUUAAGGCUUUGACAUAUUGUGAUCUAAAGUGUAUACACAUGGGCGGCUUAGCUGAGGUAUUGCGACUCUAUCCUGAAUACCAACAAGAAUUUAUUCACGACAUACAACACGAUCUGACAUAUAACUUAAGAGAGGGUUACGAAGCGGAGCAGGAGUCUGACGGAAACGGUCAUCCCUCGCUGACUCUCCCCUCUAUAUCAGAAGACGAUGAAAACGUACCAGAAGACUACGCACUCUCUCCAAAGAAACCACCGAUCACUUCCACUAAUAGUCCCCGUCAUAAAUUUAGACCCGAUGGACAACGUUUAACUCACAGAGAAUUACGCGAAAGAAUAGAGAGACAGCGUAGCGUAGCGACUCCUAAACUUGGAAGAGCCGAUUCUCUAGAAGGGCUUAAUUUAGAAGUUCAUCAUACAAGAUCAUCUGUAGAUAGGCUUGAUACCCAAGUUUCCACUCUACAUCAUGAUGUUGCAGCAUUAAGCAUGGAGGUUCGAAAUGCAAUACAAGCAUUACAAGAAAUGACAGGUCCGAGUGGAUGGCACGCCGCCCAUUCCAAUCCUAAUCUUCAAUGGAAUGCACCUCCUAAUCAACUCGCUCGCAGUUGUAGUCAUCCGCCCGAUGUAUUUUGUUGGGAUCAGCAAGAAAGACCAGUUACUCCCGAGAGGCCUAAGAUCCACAGAAGUACACAAACGGAACCUUUCCUUCAUUCUGUUACGCAGUACAUAAUGGAGCAUCCGGCGACUGUCAUGCUCCUCCUAGGCAUAGAUCCAAUGGCUAACCUAGCCCCUGUGCUACCCGCGUCUUUGGAGUACUACGACCCACGUGGACGAAGACCCAGCGCCCUUGAACAGAUCGUAGAAACUGAGAACGGUAGUCAAACUCCUUCUAGCACAACCAGUGAUAAAUUUGAACUAAAUAGAAGUCCAAGUGGAAGUGCUAGAGAGCUAGAUGUACAACCGGAAGUUAAAGUCACUGUAGACAAAGAUUAUAAAACUGCAACUUUAAAAAGAAACAGAUAUUCUGCUAGUGAUAUUUGUGAAGCGUCGGAAAGAUUGCUACCGUCAAAAGGUUCACAACCCAGUACGUAUAGUCUCAAGGGUUAAAUUGUCUGCUCACGAGCCAUAAUUAUUUUAAGGACAUUAAUGCAUUAAUUUUAUUUCAUAAGUGUUCCAUUUAUAAAGAUUACUUUUAGGGUUAAAUUUAAUUCUACGUGUUUCACGCAAAGAUUGUACAUAUCAAUUGAACAUAUAAAGGAUUCUAUAAUGUAUCAAAAUAGUUUUAUCUAUCAAUGAUUCAGUGGGUGGUUUGCAGUAUAUCUAGUCAUGAAAACCAUCAUAUCGAGAGUUCUAUCAUUUAUAGAAACUUUUAAUUUCAUAAAUUCCUAGAA